UGUAGAAUCAUCAGUCUAUUACGAAUCGUCGGCGGGUACGCGGUCGGAUACGGAUACUGACGUCAUCUUUGAACAUUUGUAUGCUGCUGCUCCCACUCUUUCUCUCUCUCUCUUACUGUGAUUUUUCCAAAUAUUGUUGUGAAUCUGAUGAAAUAAUGUGUAGUUGAAAAAUACUCGAUUCGACUGAAUAUUGUCAUUGUGUUGGUCAUAACAGAAUAUUGCUAUUAAUCUACGACGAUGACAGACGAUAGCCCGCCAAGAAGCCGACCUCCGUACAAAAAACGCAGCUCUUCGAUAUCUGCUCCGGUAUGCUCAAGUCUGGAGACCAUUGUGAGUCCACCACCGGAUUCCGGAACACCGGAGAAUUCUAGCUACAAACGGCGCAGACCAGCCACAAGAUCGCAAAGCGCUCGUAUGACCGGACCAAGAUCAGUAAGACGGAAACCGCAACCACCACCUGUUGCACUUCAGGACUCGAAGAGCCAUUGCACCAGUGAACCUAAGCUCAAUGAUUAUGAAACACCACCACCUCAAAAACGUUGUGGUUCGCAAAGAAGAGCACCGCCAACUACGGUUACGAAAAAAUCUAAUAGACCCUUCUUAGAUGUACCACAAUUGAACAUGCAACAUUUACAAAUAGACGACCAAGAUGAUGCUGACAACUACCGACUCAGAACGUUCAGUUCUUCAAAGCAGGGUGUUGUCAAUCGAGGAGACUCGUUCAGGCGCCGGCGAUCGCGGAGCGGAAGUCUGGCGCCGGUUAGCCCAAUGUAUGCCCCAGAGGAGAUUCUACCUGCAAACAGUGUCCCAACUGAAUCGUUCCAAGUUGCCAUGAUCGGAUCUCCUGGCGUGGGAAAAGGAACGCUUUUAUCGCAGUUUCGAUCUUCCGAAUGUAUCAACGCUUACGACGCGCGAGAAAGUCCUGGUCAACAAAAUAUUUCAAUAAUUUUAAAUGGAGAGGAAUCGGAACUUAGAUUUUCUACUAAAACUGCUACUAUUGAUGAUAAGGAGGAUUUGGCAAAGAUGGAUGCUUUUUUAGUUGUUUAUUCCGUAGUCGACAAAGCAACUUUUAAUCAAGCCGAGCAAUUACUUAAUAUACUUCAUAACAUGGACCUUACUAGAACUCGCCCGACUAUUCUAGUAGCCAACAAAAUUGACUUGGCUCGAUCACGGACUGUUUCUUCACAAGAUGGAAAAUGUAUGGCCUGUACACACAAGAUAAAAUUCAUCGAGGUAUCAGUGGCCAUAAAUCAUAACGUUGACACGUUGCUGGCUGGAGUUUUGUCUCAAAUACGCCUGAAAAAGGUGCAUUGUGCUCUUCAGGGGCAUCGAGAACCAUCACCAUCAGCGCAUUGGUACAAAAAUCGUAAUGUAGUUCGAGCUUCAAUGAAGGCUCGCCAAAUGAUCACUUGGAUAUUUGGAAAAGAGGACUCCAAGUUUAGAAAUUGUGAGAAUUUGCAAGUCCUGUAGACCAUAAAUAUCAAUCAAAGGAUUUCAAUAUGACAAUGCAUAUAUGUUACUCUUCCUUUUAUACACUCAGUACAAAUUACUGAAGUUGCAAUCAAAUCAAACUUGCCGUACUUAUAUAUUAGAGUGUAACAAAAAUGACUUUUUGGUGGGCAUUCAAGGGUUUGUUCCGGUGGGCAUACUAAGCCCAAAUCCAAAAUUUGAGCUUGAUUGGAGUCAAAAUCUCGUUUCGAAAAAACGAGAUUUUGACUCCAAUCAAGCUCAGAUUUGCCUGACCACGCCUUCUAUCGGAUGGGGAAGUAAAACGUCGGUCCAUUUGCGUAAAAGAGGUUUUGGGCGACUCACCACACAUAACCUUCGGACGCCUAGAAAUGAGCAGAAACUUGCAA